AAUAACCCAAACCCAAUCCAUUCAUUGUCUGUUACGGAGCUGUUGCUAUGUGAAUGCUCACUGUUACUGACAUUCUACAGAGUUUUUGCUUCCCCUUUUUUUUGUUGUUUUCCUUUAUUGGUCUCAUUUAAUACCUUUGUUCCUUUUCUUCUACUCUCUUUAAUCUCUCUAUUCUGUACUCCGAGCCCUUCUUUGGCCUCCAUUUAUUGUUUCCUUCCAGCUAUUUUUCUAGUUGGUUUGUCUCACUUGGCCUAUCUGGUUGAAGAUGAAUGCCCCUCAAUUUUCAAGCUAAUGUCAAAUUGUUAGACCCAAUGAUGGAUAAGAAGCGGUGGUUAUGGAAGAGGAAGUCUUCUGAGAAGAGCCCUGGUGAAACUGAAAGUUCAGGAUCUGUUUCUUCUCAUUCUGAGAGGUUCUCAGAUGAACAGGAGGCAUUAAAGGAUUCUCCUAACGGAAGCAAUCAGUCACCUGAUGUCACCUCAAAAGCUGUGGCCUAUGCUGAAGAUGGUAAUCAUAGUUCACUUAUCAAUGCACAAUUGCCUGAAGAAGUCACCUCUACACCUGAACCUACUACAGACAUCAUAAAUGAUGGUUCAUUAGACUUGGAGAAUGAUGAAAAUGGAAAAAAUGAAAAUAUAAAAAAUGUACAAGAAAAUGAUAUAAAUGAUGGGUUGAAGAAUAUGUCAGAGAAGCUGUCUGCUGCACUUGUGAAUGUCAAUGCCAAAGAAGACUUGGUUAAGCAGCAUGCCAAAGUCGCUGAAGAAGCCAUUGCAGGCUGGGAAAAGGCUGAAAAUGAAGUGGCAGUUUUAAAGAAGCAACUUGACGCAGUCAUUCUCAGGAAUUCAGCUCUGGAAGAUCGAGUCACCCAUCUAGAUGGAGCACUUAAGGAGUGUGUUAGGCAGCUAAGACAGACAAGAGAAGAGCAGGAAGAGAAUAUCUAUGAUGCUGUUGCAAAAAAGACUCAAGAAUUGGAAUCAGCCAAAAUGAAACUUGAGAGCAAGCUCAUCGAGCUCCAGAACAAAUUAGAUGCUUCAGAAGCCAGAUCUUCUGUUGACUUUGAUUUGUAUCAAAAGGUUGAAUGCUUGGAGAAAGAGAACAUGGCUCUCAGGCAUGAGAUCUUAGUGCAAUCAGAAGAGCUGGAAAUCAGAACAAUUGAGAGGGAUUUAAGCACACAAGCUGCUGAGACGGCCAGCAAGCAACAUUUAGAAAGCAUCAAGAAAGUAGCCAAACUUGAAGCUGAGUGUCGGAGACUGAAAACCAUGGCUUCUAGAGCUUCAGUAGUUAAUGAUCACAAAUCCAUUGCUCCAUCCUCAUUUAGUGUCGAAUCUCUAACAGAUAGUCAAUCAGACAGUGGAGAGCGGCUUAAUGCCACGGAGAUUGAUACCCAGAAGAUGAAUGGCUCAGAACCCAACAAGUGUGAGCCAAGUUGUUCUGACUCAUGGGCAUCUGCACUAAUUGCUGAACUUGAUCAGUUCAAGAAUGAAAAGUGCAGACAAACUCCAUCCAGUUCUGUUAAAAUUGAUCUGAUGGAUGAUUUUCUUGAAAUGGAACGACUUGUUGCAUUGCCCGAGACUAAAAACAAAAGCUUUGUUCAGGAGUCAGUCGUUGCCAAUCAAUGCAUUGAGAGAGAAAGCUCUCUAAGAGUUGAGUUUGAGAUCAUGAAUCAGCAAAUGGAUGAGUUAAAAGAAAAGUUAGAAAGGGUAGAAGCGGAUAAAGCUGAACUAGAGAUAGCUUUGAUGAAAAGUGAAGAGUGUAUUGAGGAGUCACAACUUCAGUUGAGGGAAUCAGAAGAGAAACUGGAGGAGUUGCAAAGAGAGCUAGAAAAUGCCUACAAAUCAAAGCAAAGGGUAGAAAAUCACCUAAUGAGCAUGGUGGCUGAGGCUCAAACACUAUCUGCAAAGGUUGACUUAUUAGAAGCUGAGGUCGAUAAGGAGAGGGCUGUGUCAACUGAAAUUGCAAUCAAGUGUAAUGACCUGGAGGAAGAGUUAGAAAGAAAAUCUGCAAAGGUUAACUUAUUAGAAGCAGAGCUUGAUGAGAAGAGCCAUGUGUCAAAUGAAAUUGCAAUUAAGUAUAAUGACUUGGAGGAAGAGCUAGAAAUCAAAUCCACAAAGGUUGAGUUGUUAGAAGCAGAGGUUGCUAAGGAGAGGGCUGUCUUAGAUAAAAUUACAAAAAUGUGUAAGGACCUGGAGGAAAAGCUAGAAAGCAAAUCUGCAAAGGUUGAAUUAUUAGAAGCUGAGGUUGAUAAGGAGAGGGCUGUGUCAGAUGAAAUUUCAAUGAAGUGUAAGGGCAUGGAGGAAAAGCUAGAAAGCAAAUCUGCGAAGGUUGACUUGUUAGAAGAAGAGGUUCAUAAGAAGACAGCUACUUCAGAAGAAAUUGCAAUGAAGUGCAAGGACCUGGAGGAAAAGCUAGAAAUUAAAUCUGCAAAGAUUGACCUGUUAGAAGAAGAGGUUCAUAAGGAGAGAGCUACUUCAGAAGAAAUUGCAAUGAAGUGCAAGGACCUGGAGGAAAAUCUAGAAAUUAAAUCUGCAAAGAUUGACCUGUUAGAAGAAGAGGUUCACAAAGAGAGGGCCACUUCAGAAGAAAUUGCAAUGAAGUGUAGGGAAUUGGAGGAAGAAUUACUCAGGUCAACAGCUUGUUCAUAUGGAGAAAAGAAGAUCAAGCAGGAGGACCUAGAACUCGCAGCUGGAAAGCUUGCUGAGUGCCAGAAAACAAUAGCAUCUUUGGGAAACCAGUUAAAAUCUCUGGCUACACUGGAAGAUUUCCUUAUUGACACUCCUAGCAUUCCUGCAAGUCCAUCACUCAUUGCUCAAGCUGGGGGAGAGAUGUGGAAAUUGCAUUCAAAUGGCACAUUUUCACCCAAAAGAGAUUCCACUUCUUCAAGGUUGCCUGAUGCUAACUUAAACAAAAAUGAAGAAACCUCACCACCUUCAUCAUCUUCAUCCACUUCCUCGACAGCCUUGCCAAAUCAUGUCAGUUCCGAGAGGAGUCGAAAUGGCUUUGCAAAAUUUUUCUCUAGAACCAAGAGUGGAAUCCGGCUAGAAAUUUAGCUAGGAUAUAGUGAUUUAACCAUUAGCAAAAUUCAUUCUUUUCUCAAGUUGUAGAACAGACUGGUCUUGUGUCAUUCAAGGGGAAGGAUUUGAUAUCACUCAAUCGGCAUCAGUUAAAUCAUUUUUUAGCUCUUGUGCAGGGUUUAUGUCUUCUGACAUUUGAAUCAAAGAUCAAAUUUUGAAUGC